AUGUUCAUUGAGACUCAACGCACCGAGGGAGUUUCGACCAGCGAUGUCGUGUGUCGUAUAAUUCGUGACUACGACAAAUACGUGCGUAGAAAUCUUCAGCGAGGAUAUUCCGCAAAGGAGUUGAACGUCGGUUUUCUUGCGAUACAAAAUAAAGUCGACAGCCUGAAGGAAAAAGGCCUGGAGUUCAUUAACAAUUGGAAAAGCCGAUCAGAUGAAUUCAUUCGAGACUUCUUGGAUACAUUCCAUCGUGAUGGUCGAUUGAAUGCAUUCGGUGGACGUUUGAAAGGACUUGUAUCCCGCUCGAAUUCUCCAUCACCAACUCCCGAACAUUGUACCGUUGAAGAUCAGGACGAGCUGGAUGGCGCUCCAGAAUAUGUGAGGCGAACGUACUCGAAUGGAUCAUCAGGAUCUUCACCGCAUAGUUUCUGA